GUCACCCCAGUGUAUGAGGAGUGGACAACAAUUGAUUGGUACCAGUUUUUAUGCUUAUGGGAGAAGCUGCCUGCCUCAAUGAAACGUGUGGCUGAGCUGGUGGGGAUUGAAGAAGGCUUUCUGGCUCGCUCUGUAAAGGGCAAAAUCAUAGCUAAAACAGAGAAACAGCAUAGACAAAUGGCCAUCCACAAAAGGUUUUUCACCAGUCUUGCCCUUCUAGAUUUAAUCAGUGAGGUUCCCUUAAAGGAUAUGACCAAGAAAUAUGGCUGUAAUCGUGGCCAGCUUCAAUCCUUGCAGCAGUCUGCUGCCACUUAUGCAGGAAUGGUAACGGUUUUCUGUAAUCGACUGGGCUGGCACAACAUGGAGCUGCUGCUCUCUCAGUUCCAGAGCCGCCUCACUUUUGGGGUUCAUAGGGAGCUUUGUGACCUGGUACGAGUGUCUCUGCUGAAUGCACAGCGUGCUAGGACACUUUACAACGCUGGCUUUGUCACAGUGGCUGAUCUUGCUAAAGCCAGUCCUGAUGAUGUGGCAACUGCUCUGAAGAAUUCAGUACCGUUCAAAAGCGUUCGUAGAGCUGUGGAUGAAGAUGAAGAAUCAGCAGCGGAGCGUCGGACUGUGCGCAGCAUCUGGAUCGCUGGAAUGAAAAACUUAAACGAAAGAGAAGCAGCUUCACUCAUUGUGGAGGAAGCCAGGGGACUUCUCCAACAGGAUUUGGCACUGAUGGGAGUGCAGUGGAACCCAGAGUCUUUUCUAGAGUCUGAUACAUCCUCUAUGAUCACCAGUGAGUCAGAACUGGAAGACAGACUACAUAGGUCAAAUGGAAAGCAGUCUUCUAGGGUGUUAAACAAAAAGGGAAGCAGAGCUCAACAUUGUAAUGGCCUUGGUUUGCAGACUGGAAACUUAUCAAAUAUUAAAAAGGGAUAUAAAAGGCAACUAAGCAGUAGUACAGAAAACUUCAGAUUUGAGAGAGAAGUCCCAAGCAGGAAACAGGCUCGAGGAGAGGAAGGCAAUGAUGAUACUGUGUACAGUGCUAGAAGAUGGCCAAAUACAUGCAGAGAUAAUGAAAACGUGGAAGGAAUUUCUCUGGUCAAUUCCAGGAGAACAAUUUCAGAACUCCCUACUGAACAAGAAAAAACACAAACAUUGAAAACAAAGUCUUCAGCCUCUAGACUGAUAAAAAGUACGGACAUGCAUUUAAACCGGACUAGGAACAAAAAUACUGCUUCAAAACUGCAGAGAUCACUUCUUGAAGAUUCAAAUACGCUUAUAGCCACAGAAAAACCACCUGCUUUCCACCCCACCAUCUGUAAAGAUGGAUUUUUUUCAGACCAAAAUAAUAAGGAAUUUACAGAAACAGGGUCUGUAACUCACAAAGUCUCAAGUUCUGUACAGAUGUGGGAAUUUAAUCUUGAGAGGAAGGAUAAAAUGAAAGGAUUAUUUACAGAGUCUACCACGACUAAUAAAGGCAUGCCCAAGGGGAGAGUGUGUUUUCAGUCACCUGUUGCAUUACAGGGUACUCCACACAUCAACGUGGAGACUCAUAAUAUUGUAGAAAGUGUGGUGAUACCUGCUAGUGCUAGGACACAGAGAAAUGAAAAUACUAAUGAUAAACGGAAUAAAAUUAAUAAAACACAAACAGAUGCGAGCUGUGCUGAGAUGAUGACGGGUAAGCAGCAGAUGGCUUUAGAUACGGGUCACUGUAAUGUAGCUGCUAGCUGCUCUGGAAGCAGACUUGUCCAUAGUGGCAGCAGGAUACAGAAGCCUGUGCAUUUUCGUCCUGGUGAGGAUAAAUCCUGCCAUAUUCAGAUUCAGAAUGGUGGAAAAAAUGAGAGCGAAAAGCUUAAUGGGAUACUGUUACAAGCUGGAGCACUGCAGAAAGCCGACAGUCAUCCUAAGGAUUUUCUGAAAGACUCUCUAAUAAAAUCCAGGGGUGUUUGCAAUGCACGUGAUGUUCAGAAUGGUCCAUGCUCUGAACUGUUUUCUCACUCUAGGAACUUUGAAGACAGCUUCCAGUUGGAUACUCAAACUGAGAUGAUAAUAAAACAGGAAGGAGCAGCUAAAAUCACAGGACAGCAGGGAGUACAAAGUUUAGAGCUGGCAGCGAUACCGCAGCAGGAAAUCUCCAAGAGACAAAGCACUUCACGGACCAAGAAUGCUACUGACGAAAGGCCAGCUGCAACAGUUAGGAAUCUGGGCUUAUCGAGUCUUAACGCAACAAAUAACACUACCAAAAGCACAUCUCAGCACUGCAGUAAUAAAGUUUUGGAGUCUAGAGGCCUUAAUUUACAGCCCGUAAUGAAGGAAAUAGAAUCUACACGUUGCCUUAAAGAAAGCGAUUUCUCAGUGACCGACUCCCAGCUACACAGUUUUCUACAAGAUUACCAGACCCAAAAUUCAGUGAAAGGAGGGGAGACUGUGUCUAAAGACCUUAAUAAAGCAACCUCCCCUUUUGGUAGGGAGCACAUUGUACAAGUAGAAUGCCACCCUGUCCCUGAAACAAGCCUGAAUAUGAGUGAUAGCUUGCUGUUUGAUGAUAGCUUCAGUAACGUUGGUGACCUCAUGGAAGUUGACAGAAAGGAAUCUGUGGAGAAGCAAGAGGCUUUGCUUCCUCCAGAAGGUCUUUUGCAGAACCUAAGGCCUGUUCAGAGUAAGUUGGAUGUCAGUGACAAUCAGAAAGAGCAUGAGGACACUGCACAGCCUAACAAUGUGUCUCUAGCAUUCUCUGAUCUAAUAGCUGAAGUUUUAGAUCAUGCAAACUCCCCGUCUUUUCUGGAAGAUCUUCCUUCUACAUUUCGUGGUCAGCCAGGAUUCAGAAACCCAGUGAUUUGUAACAAUGACCCCAGACCAAAGGAUUUAGUAGGAGAUCAAGGUGAAAAGCUCCAGAGAAGCCUGCAAGCUUUAGACAAGACAACCCGUCCUGUGGUGUGGACUGACCGCUCCUUUGAACUAAGCCCAGGAUUGCAGGAUGUAUUAGACAAAUGGCCUAGACCCUCAAGCACUGAACCAGUUUCAGUAAGCUCCUGUUUGAAAGAAAAGUUAGUUGCUUCUAUUACUAAUCAAGAGCUAGAUCCAAUUUUUGAAACUGACCGUUGUCAGCCAAAGCCUUUGCCCACUUGCCAGGAUUUAAAAAGCUGUUUCAAGAUUAAAGAAAAUGAAACACAAGACUUGGAUCUUGUGCAGAAAACAGACUGCAUAACACUUCCACUGAAGGGAAGCAACAAAAUACCCUGUCCUGCACUAGAUGGUAAUAACGGGUUUAUUCCUCCAACACCCCCCAAAGAGCUUUUUCCAAAGAGUUCUGCUUCUCUCUCUGUGAAAUCUGCAAGGAAGGGACAAGUCACCUGCAUGAACGAAGAGUGGCUGAUUCAGCUGCAGCAGAAUAGUGAGGGCAAUGCAGAGCAGCAGGUAAAAACACUCCAGGUCAAUCCUGGAAUUGUAGACCCAGUUGAGACUGAUGAGGGAAAAGAUGAUUCCACUAUAGACCAAGGCUUUUCACUGCAGCUGUCUCAGGAUGCUUUUCCACUCGUUCCCUUAAGUGCUGAAAAUUUCACUAUUAUUGAUGUAGCAAGCGACAAAGCACUUUUCCAGACUUUUGUUGCAGAAUGGAAGGAGAAAAGCAGAUUCUCCAUCGCAGUGGCAUGCGAAAGAGCAAAAUGUCUUCUGUCUCCCAAAUCAACCAUUGGUGGCAAAUUCCAGAAAGUAACUUCUCCUCAGUGGAUGCAAGUUAAAGAUGAUGGAUUUCCUGUCCAGGGCUGCGAAGACAUCUUGGUGGUUGGACUGGCAGUAUGUUGGGGUGGAAAAGAUGCCUACUAUAUCUCUUUGCAGCAGAUACAAGACCAGACUGAAAUCAGUAUGAGUCUGGCACCUCCACCUUUGGACAAAAACCUAUCUGUAACAGAGAGACUGUAUCAUCUGCAGCUGUACCUGCAGAAGAAGCCCAAGCAGGAGCGCUCACUUGUCAUGUAUAACUUCAUUCAGCACUACAAGACUCUGGUAAUGGCUUGUGGCAUCUCCUUGGAAGGAAGUUUCGAGGACCCAAAGGUUGCAUGUUGGCUGCUUGAUUCUGGCUCUAAGGAACGUACACUUCACAACAUGGUGACUAACUUUCUCCCCAGUGAGCUACCUCUACUGGAAGGGGUAGGCACCGGCCAAGGGGUGCAGAGCCUGGGGCUUAGUGCCAGCAGAGAUCAUUCUGGGCGGUACAGAGCAGCAGUAGAGUCUGUGCUUGUCUUCAGUGUCAUGAAUGAACUCCAUAAUGAAUUACAGAAGGAAAAUCUGACAGAUGUGUUUUCUAAAGUGGAGAUGCCCACUCAUUAUUGCUUGGCUCUACUGGAGCUGAAUGGCAUUGGUUUUAGCACAGCAGCCUAUGAAACCCAGAAACAGGUCAUGCAAGCUAAACUGAGCGAGAUUGAGACCAAGGCGUAUCAGCUGGCAGGCCACAGCUUCUCCUUGACCAGCCCUGAUGACAUUGCAGAG